CUUGAAAUUCAGCCUGUUUGACCGACCCAUGCCAAAUUCUAAUUAUUCUUUACUUUUAAACUUUCUAUUUGAAAAUAAAAAAGAGUGAAAGAAAAGAGAUGACUGCAAUUCGCCAUUUGCACAUCACUUAUUCGGGAAUAAAACCAUAGAAUUUCAAAAGGAAUUGAAAAUGUUUAGGAUCGUUUUAAUGUUUAAAAUAACCAAAUAGAUCUUUCAGUUUAGUUUUUUACUAACAAAUACCAAACGAUUCCCUAUAAAAUACACUAUAAUUUGAUCAUUAUGAUAUCAAAUAAUUAUAUAAUAUAUAUUUGAAAUGAUAAAAAUUGGACUAAUUGGGUUGGUCGAGGUUGAACCAUUGAAUAUCUUUAAAAUACAUUAUAUUUUAGCCACUAAGAUAUAAAAUAAUAGCAUAAUAUAUAUUAUGCCAGAGAAAAUAGCUUGUUUUAGAAUGUCAAACCAAUGAUGUACAUUUGUUUUACUUGAUGACCAAAUCCCGUGUAGGUCUGGCCCAUUCAACUCUUCUAUUUUAUGGUUAGCGUUUAGCCCAUUAGAUACCAUCUAUUAGUUUAUUGUUAAAUUUUUUAUUUUUAGCAAUAAAAAGAAGUAUUGUUUUGUCUUUUCAUAUAUAUUUUAUCACCACGGAGAAAUAAAAGGGUUCAAAGAAAAAAAAUUGACACUCCUGGACCCGUUUAAAUCCGCAUGUGUACGGUAAGUUGGCCCGUUCCACAGAGGAAAGAGAAAAAAUUGGCACUCCCUAUUCUAUCCUUCCUACAAACGCUCAUGGAGCAGGGAAUUUGAAAUAGGGGAAGGGUGUUUUACUCACUGCUAUUAUAUGUUUUUAAUUUAAAAAAAUACAACAAAUCUAUUUAGUGUGAUUGGUUAUGAUGCUUGCUUUUCUUUAAAAUGGUCAUCGUUCAAAUCCCAAUAUGUGUUUUUUUAAUGAAUAAAAAAAGGUAAUUAUGUAUACCAAAAUGUCCUUCUUACUUUCACUCUUGUUGCAGGAAAUUUGAAAUGAGGCUCUCGUUUUUCCUUUCGGCGUAUUAUAUUAUGUGUAGACUCUUCAGUCUCUUGUGUCAGUGCUUUGUAACAUUCAGAGUGAAGAGGAAAUUUUGUAUUUGAAGCUCAACCGGUUGCAACUUUUUUUGUUUUAUGUUAGUUGUUGUUGCAGAAAUGAAGAGAAAGUGUUGCAGUGAGGUCACCAACUUUGCAAUUCACGCCUGCCUUCUUCCUGCUUUUUUUUGCCUUGUGUAUUGAUCAAGCGUUACUUCAUUUUCAUUGAGAAUCAUUGGCAGCUUCCCCCCUUUUUGUGUGUUUGUCCUUAUCUUUCUUCUUCUGAAUUCAUCAUUACGCGAACUGAGUCCCGCCUAUUUACUUACAGCAGCAGUUCCAAAACAGCAUGAGCAACUCCCAUCUGCAUUCUCCAUCUCUUGACCUUCACUGCAGUGCAGAGCAUUGAAGAAUUUGUUUGGCAAUGGCAUCUUCUGAGCCGUUGAAGGUCACAUUCAGCAGCCCGGCCAAGUACUGGACUGACGCCGUCCCGAUCGGAAACGGCCGCCUCGGCGCCAUGGUUUGGGGCGGGGUGGCCGCCGAGACCAUCCAGCUCAACGAGGACACGCUCUGGACUGGAGCUCCAGGAAACUACACUGACACAGAUGCUCCCAAGGCGCUGGCUCAAGUUAGAAAUCUGGUUCACGAGGCCCAAUUCGUCCAGGCCACACAGGCUUCUGCUGGGUUGUUCGGUGGGCCCACACAGGUUUACCAACCACUGGGAGACAUCAAGCUCCAAUUCGACGGCUCCCAUCUCGACUAUGGCGCCUAUUACCGAGAGCUGGACUUGGAUACUGCAACAGCACGAGUUAAGUACACCGUCGACGACGUGGAGUUCAGCAGAGAGCAUUUCGCAUCCAACCCAGAUCAAAUCAUCGCCACUAGCAUCUCUGCGUCAAGCCCUGGAUCCGUAUCCUUUACCGUCUCCCUCGACUGCGCUCUCCCGGACCAUCGGGUUCACAUCAACGACGACCACAAAAACCAAAUUGUACUGAUCGGGAGUUGCAGUGGACAGCAGCCGGGUUCCACCGGGAUUCAGUUUGCUGCCGUUCUCGAGUUGGAGAUUAGUGCCGGCAACGGUGUAGUCUCGAUAUUGGAUGACGACGACGACAACGGGUUGAGAGUUGAAGGUGCAGAUUGGGCUGUCCUGCUUCUGUCUGCUUCCUCUUCUUUUCAAGGCCCGUUCACCGACCCAGCUCAUUCCACCAGAAACCCGACCUCUCUCUCCCUUCUUGCGCUCCAAGAAGUUGCCAAGCUCUCCUACUCUGAUCUAUGGUCCCGCCAUGUCAAUGACUACCAGAGUCUCUUCCACCGUGUUUCGCUGCAGCUGUGGAAAAGUGCAGCAGCCGAAGCGGAUGAUCGUGCCGUUGCAGUUCGGACGACGGCGGAGAGGAUCAGCUCAUUCCAAGACGACCAAGAUCCUGCCUUUGUGGAGCUUCUGUUCCAAUUCGGUCGGUAUCUGCUUAUAUCUAGCUCGCGCCCUGGAACUCAGGUGUCGAAUUUGCAAGGGAUAUGGAACCCAGAUGUUAAGCCUGCGUGGGAUUGUGCGCCUCAUUUGAAUAUCAACCUGGAGAUGAACUAUUGGCCUUCCCUUCCAUGCAAUCUCAAGGAGUGCCAGGAGCCGUUAUUCGACCACAUUCAAGCUCUUUCAAUCAAUGGAAGUCAAACAGCAAAAGUAAACUACGAAGCAAGUGGUUGGGUUGUGCAUCAUGUGUCCGACUUAUGGGCAAAAUCCUCUGCAUAUGAAAGAGAUGCUAGGUGGGCAAUAUGGCCAAUGGGCGGGGCCUGGCUUUGCACUCAUUUGUGGGAGUACUACACCUACACCAUGGACAAAGAUUUCCUGCAAAAAACAGCAUACCCUCUCCUGAAAGGAUGCGCCUCAUUUUUGGUGGAUUGGUUGAUCAAAGGGCCCCAAGGAUAUCUAGAGACCAAUCCAUCAACUUCUCCAGAACACGUGUUUGUUGCUCCGGAUGGAAAACAUGCUUCAGUUAGCUACUCAUCCACGAUGGACAUGGCAAUUAUAAAGGAAGUUUUCUCUGCGCUUGUUUCUGCUGCGGAGGUUCUGAAUAUGACCGAAGAUCCCUUUGUCCAGAGUGUCCACGAGAUUCAAUCAAAGCUUUCUCCAACAAAAACUGCCAAAGAUGGUUCCAUUAUGGAAUGGGCACUAGAUUUUGAGGACCCAGAAGUGCAGCACAGGCACCUGUCUCACCUGUUUGGUCUGUUUCCAGGACACACUAUAACCAUUGAGAAAAAUCCAGACCUAUGUAAAGCUGCUGAGAAAACUCUUUACAAACGAGGAGAGAACGGUCCUGGAUGGUCAACUACAUGGAAAAUUGCUUGUUGGGCUCGUCUGAGGAACAGUGAGCAAGCUUACAAGAUGGUCAAGCACUUGAUGCAGCCAGUAGAUCCGAAUAAGACAACCAUAGAUUUUGAAGGCGGACUGUACAGCAACUUAUUCACUGCACACCCUCCAUUCCAGAUUGAUGCAAACUUCGGUUUUACUGCAGCAGUUGCAGAGAUGCUUGUCCAGAGCACAAUGCUGGAUUUGUACUUACUUCCUGCCCUCCCUCGAGAGAAAUGGCCCAACGGAAGUGUCAAAGGGCUAAAGGUCCGAGGAGGACUGACUGUCGACGUAAGCUGGAGAGAAGGAGAUCUCCAUGAAGUUGGGGUUUGGCAGGAGAAUGAUGGUAAAGAGAUUAAUUUGGUCAAGAAAAUGUUGCAUUACAGGGGAAGAACAACUGAAGCAACAAUUUCGUCUCGCACUGUUUACACCUUUGAUGUCGGGUUCAAACUUGUGGAGGAAAUAUGAUUUUCAUGGGCUACAUGUGGUACUAAGGGAAUAAGAGAAACUCUGUGCCAAAAAUAAUAAUGUUAUGUGAAGUAAUGCAGCAGUGAAAGCUAAAUAUAUCUAUAUGAAGCUAGAUAAGAUGAGUGAAAUGGAGCUAUGUGAUAAACCAAUGAAGUGAAAUAUACAUAUAAUACUCUACCAUAUGCCCAGGGCCGGUCUUGGGCGUGCUGUCCAAAUUAUGAGGGUCUAUUGGGCUUAUAUGGUAAAUUACUAUUAUGUAAUAUUGAGUUUUGAUUGUGAAUUUGGAAUAAUAAAGACUAAUGUAUUGCGUUUUGAUUACGGGUCUAAAAUAAUAGAUUUGGGAGGUACAUAACAAUAUAGUUUUGUAGUAAUCAUAAUGGAUGCUGAGAUUAAGAACAAUAUAGUUUUGUAGUACUACAAAUAAAUCAUAAUGGAUGCUGAGAUUAACAGUGAAGUGAUUUACUUAUCAUUUUUGUAGAGGGGUAAAGAGAGAGAGCUUACCAGUUUUUUUGGGAAGCUGACCGAAUUUUUGGGCUCCCACUUAUUUUCUGUGUGCUAUUUUUUUUUUUUUUUGCUUUUCAAUGUAAAAAUACAACUUAGAAGAAUUUGGAUCAAAGGAGUUAUAGAGGGAAGAAUAUGGAGUUUUCAUUUUAAAGACGAGGACCAAUGGCCUAUUGGAAAUUACAAGUAAAGUCCAAGAAGAGUCUAAUGGGGUAAGACUCGACCCAAACCAAAGCAAGAACCAGUGAAGGCCCAGUGUCAGGUCCAACUGUCUCCUAAGCAAAACCUGGUCAAAACACGAAGAAAUCUUUAGGAAAGGUUGCUUAUGGUGAUGCAAUCCUUAAUUAUGACCUAAGUUUAAUCCCACUGAAGCUCAAAGAAGUAAUGAAGGCAAGGGAAGGUGGAAUUCUGAAAACGACAAAAAUGGCUAUGUAUGGAGAUAGCUUCGGCGUACCGUCUUUGAGAGAGCUGACGUGCUCGACUCGAAGGACGAUCGAGUGAAUAUGGGAGUCGGAAAUGAAAGUCCACAACUUGAUAAAGAUCGCCAAGGAGUUGGAUGGGGUCAACUAAGCCUGACAGGCCUCCGACGACAGGCUUGAAGUUCGUCUGAAGACAAUCUUAAUUGCUUGUGAUGGAAGGCAGCUUGCUUGUCUUAGACGAAAUAGUGUGAAACACUAAUUCCUUUACCUUUGUCGAUUAGGAUUUCGUGUUUAGGUUAGUUUAAGUGUCCUUGUUAGCUUAGUAGUAGUAUUGAGUCCAGGUAGUUCUAUUAAACAUUGUAAUUCAUU